AUGAAAUUCCUCACAACCACCCUCACCGCCUUGACCCUCUCCCUCUCCCUUGCCUCCGCCUCGUUCAUCGGCGACCUGAACGCCCGCGGCCUCGAGAAAAUGGACGGCAAAUGCACCUCCAAGGGCGGGUGCAAGGUUCCUGGCGGCCUGCACUCGGCGUACAGUUGCUGGAACUCGAAAUGCAACGUCACGACCUCUGCCACAAAGGGCGAUGAGGGGAAGAAUUGUACGAUCGCGCCGGGCAUGGAUGGCGAGUGGGUCGCCAAAUGUCCGACGAAUUUGUUGCCGUAUGAAUGGGAGUGGCCGUGGGUGCCGCCUAAGAAGGACAAUUAA